AUGGCAAGAUUGGGGAUUUGCAGUGGGCAUUACACCCGGUGGAAAGUUCAACCGAACAUAACCCUAGGACCUCAUACAAUCGCAACCACUCAUUCUUCUCCAAAGAUUCCUCAACGCCAAAGGGUUCACGUUUGCUGUGAUGAUGAACAGCACAAGUCGUAUGAAUGUAAGAAGGUUGUUACACCAACUGAGCGUAAACCAAAGCUACAAGCAAAGAAGUUAUGUUUUAAUUGUACGGGUGACAGACACCAUGCAGCACAGUGUCGAAGUCGAGUUACCUGUUUUCACUGCAAGAAAAAAACAGCAUUCGUAUACGCGUCAAUUUGUGACACUUUAGGGAAACCUCCACCUAACCAAAUUCCAGGUGGAGUG